AUGAAUCGCUAUCAGUUUUAUGGGCAAGUACCCGCUCGAACGCCCACUGACAGCUGGCUACACUCUAGCAACAGAUACCUCUUUCUGUAUUAGCUGUAGGUUACAAGUUUCCAUCUGUUGCAAUAUUGGAUUAAUUAAACACUGAAAUAUAAGAACGUGCGUAUGUUUACAGAACCGAAAUAUAAAUCAUUGCUUUAGCACAUUCAGUGCCAGACAGCUGCCACGCCCACUAAUCAACGAUUUACGAGUAAACCUUCUAAAUAAGUUAAUAAUUCAUUAAUAGUUGGGUACAAAAUUUAAAACUUUUAGUAUAACGAAUAUUACUGACAACCAUUUGUAUGACAAAACUGUUUUCAGAAUAAACAGAAAUGCUAAAUAUUUUUUAAGUACCUGUGUUUUAUUGUGUGAUGGUAAUUCGAUCAACGCAUCCGACUAAGUGUUCCUUGCAGGCUGCGCACAUUGAUUGUCUUGCGUCCUGCUUCCGCAUAGCAAUUGGAAGCUGCCCGCUUUAAUGGCGCUUCCUUACGUUAGAAAGUUCGCAGAAUGUCCCUUCAUGGUCGGAGUUGUUCAUGUCACCCAGGCGACUUCAUUUCCGCACUUUUCUGAACUAAUCAGAGCCCAAGUAACCUUAUUUAAACCUGUUUUGACCUUAGUUCAGUGCCCGAUCAUGCUUUUUAUAUUGGUUCUAGAGUAGUGCGUUCCUUAAAUCUUCUUUGUAUUUUCUGGUAUUGACCUCAGCUUGUUUGUAGGAAUUUGAGUACCUCUGUGAUCCUGACCCGGUUUGUCAUCCAUUUUCCGACUAUCCUGACCUUGGAUGGGUUUCUUUGCCUCUCUCUUUUUUUAUUACGUGAAAUCUGGCCACUCUAAGUUCUGGUUAUACGUCUAUUUCUGUUCCUCCUGUUUGAGAUUCACAUUUCCUGCGUGUAUGUCCCAUUUCUAUUCCUGGGACAUAAUGAUAGUCUUCAGAGCAGAGAAGGCACAAGAUUUUCAAAGUUUUUUAGGUAAUCACUUUUCUAAUUAAACCAUUAUAAAGCAAAGUAUUAUUUCAACAAAUGUUAGUGUCUACCAUUGUUAUGUCAUUCUGAACCUUCUCCUGCUCUUUUAUUGCCUCCUGCUGGUGGAAUACAAGGAUGUCCUCAUGCGGUCACCCUUGUAUUCCCCUAAUGAAGGAAUGGUGCCAAAACUAAGGGAUCGCAAUAAAUCUUAGUGACAGCUACUUUGUAGGGGCCCUUUGAGCCAAUGUCACCUUCUUGUAGGUUUCACGAUUCUUGGUGGUGAUGAUGAUGCAAUAACUGGAGCACAUAGUAAUUAAAGCAGUUUAAACUGAAUUCUUGGUAUAGACUAUGACUCUUGAGUCCAUAUACAAUGGAGUUGACUUUGAUAAGGGAAACUAAAAAGAGUAACACAGGAAAUAAUGGCAUGUAAUAUUUAUAGCCUCCUUCAGGGGUCUCCUGCAAUAUGGAGAAGGCAUAAAGUAAGUACCCAUAUAGGGGCAGGAGACCUGUGGUGCACAGUAGGGAAUGCAAAUCAUGUGGGGAUGAACAAGCACAGGUUUGAAGUUCCAGAGUGGAGGAGUAAGAGUAACAGUGGUGAAGUAUACUGAAGUUUGAGCAAUUGAGAGAAGAUCUGUGAGAACUUUAGUGGACACAAGGUCUUUGAAACAUUGGAAAAAGGAACUGAGUUUACCAUGAGUUGAAUACUUAGGAGAAAUACCUUUAUGAAUGUGGUAAUGGUUCCAGGAACGAUUGUGAACUGAGGUCAGAACAGUUACGGAAAUGUACGUACCUUUUUAGAAUUUUAUGAAUGAGGAGCUAUAGAUUGGUUUAGAGCAUCAUCUGAAUGCUCCAAGCCAAUGAGCAGUGACCAUGCUCAAUGCUGUCCGAGCCUUCCGUGAAGAAUUUCAGAAAUAGUAAUGACAGGGAUCAGAAAAUACCGCCACUGCAGACAGACUUUGGGGUUAAAUAGUUUGUGUACAGUAUAACCACAGAGGUAAACCAGCACCAUCUUUUCAUUUUGAUAAUGUUCUUAUGGUACCCAGAGUGUUCCUUUAAGUCCUUGUACUCUAAUUCUUCUCCACUCUUCUUCAGGACCAUGUGAUAUGGGACCCUGAUAUGAUACAUCUACCUCCUAGUUAUUCCUGUUUGCCCUAUAUUUCUAUUCAAAAUACAGAGGAAUUAGAACAUUGAAGCCUUAAUUUAAACUUUUUUAUUUGGUUAGCAAAAGUUUGAAAAUAAAAAGUUUUCAAAAGACCUUUCCUGGAUCAGUGGAAUUCCCAUAAAGCUUAUUCCAAAGUUCUGUCAGUGCAAUAAAAACAUUAUUAAAAUCUCAUGAAGUACUCUAUUAUUUCACAUCUGAAUCAGGAUACUAAUACCCAGAUAAGAUUUUUUUUUAUAUAUCUAAAUACUUUAUUGCCCAACCACGUAAUAUUAUAAAAUCCUGAUGUAUGUAUUAUUACAUACCAAUCAAAAUAUUUUCAUAAUUAAACUUUUUGAGCGUAGCUUAAUAUAUAUUCUGUUUCUUUCAGUAGAGAAAUCACCUGAUGGGUGAGAAAACUUAAAAUUUACUACCCUUUAAACUACGUUCCUUGUAUACUAAACAACCAUCACUAAUAUUGAUUCAUUUAUUUUAAUUAAUAAAAUGUAUAUUUUAGGCUUUGAGCCAAGGCACGUACCUUUCUAUUAGUCAGAGUUUUAUUACGCAGACUUCCAGCUUUAGAGGAUUCCUAAGUGCAGGCAUUAAUAUACUCUUUCUAUCCACCUUUAGAAGCAUUUGCCCAUAUUUAUUAGGAUGUGUGACGUGGUUUGUAGUGAAUGAAAUCUCCCUUAUUUGCAAGCAUAUCAUGUUUUCAAAUUGCAAUGCUGCAUAACAUCCUUUGGAGUGAUAUUAUUUCCGAAAUAAUUAAACCAAGGACAAAGUGAGUGAUACAAUUUAAUUAGGCAUUUAACAGAGCUCGCCAUGUUGUCUGUAAAAUGGGUUAUGUCUUAACAUUGUUUCUAAGAGACCUUUAGAUGAUGAUGACUAAAGAAGCAAUUUCAUUCCCGGAAGAUGUUAGAUGGAGUUCAUUCCAUCCAAAUCAAAUUUUUAGCCGCUGGCUUAGCUUGCUAAAAUGAAACACAACUUAUUUCCCCUUUGGAUGUCAUAGUGACUGGCAUGAUUAAUUAACUCAUUUCAUGUGGUGGUAUAUGAAUUCUGCAUAUUGACCAGCAGUAUAAUUCAAUAGACUCCUGGUAGCAUAAGAAACUUAUAAAAGAAGGAAACAUGUUGAAAGAAUGGCUCAGUAAGCUACAACAACUUUAAAGUAUAUAUUAAAGGACCACUAUAGGCACCCAGACCACUUCAGCUUAAUGAAGUGGUCUGGGUGCCAGGUCCAGCUAGGGUUAAUCCUUUUUUUUAUAAACAUAGCAGUUUCAGAGAAACUGCUAUGUUUAUGUUAGAGUUAAUCCAGCCUCUAGUGGCUGUCUCUUGAUUUUCCCAGUGAGAAGACGCCAGCGUCCAUAGGAAAGCAUUGUAAAUGCUUUCCUAUGAGACUGGCUGAAUGCGCAAGCAGCUCUUGCCGCACAUGCGCAUUCAGCCGAAGAGGAGGAGAGGAGGCGGAGAGGAGGAGGAGAGCUCCCUGCCCGGCGCUGGAGAAAGAGAUAAGUUUAACCCCUUCCUCUCCAUCCAGCCCGGCGGGAGGGGGACCCUGAGGGUGGGGGAACCCUCAGGGCACUGUAGUGCCAGGAAAACGAGUAUGUUUUCCUGGCACUAUAGUGGUCCUUUAACAUAAUUUGCCAAGUAUGUAGUUACCCUUCUUACAUAAACUUAAAACGUAUACUAAUGGUUAUAUGAAUUUAAAAUGGUAUAAGAAAUUCCCCAAAGUUCUCGUCUUUAUCGCAGGAAAAUAUUGUUAAGUGUUUUUUUGUGUGGUAUAUUAUAUUAUAAAUUGACACACUAAAUGUUUUUUUCUAUACACAAGUAAGAACCAGAUAUAGUAUUAAGCUAUAUAUGUAGAGAUGCUUAUUUGUGUAUGUUAAUAUAUCGUGAAUAAUGUAAUAUUUAAUGUGUGUAUGUUUGAUGUCAUAUACUAUGUUAUGUUUUUAAAAUAAUAAAAGAAAAAUAUUAAACAGGAAAAAAAAAGAAACUGAUAAUAUCCAAGGAAAUAGAAUUAAAGAACAAAAUAAAUACCACACAGAGAUGACAGACGUAGUUGAUAGAGAAAAAGACAAUAGAGGUAAAAAGAAAGCACUGCUUUCAAACUGUCCCAAUAUCAGCGGGUUCUACACUAAUAUUAACAUAGAAAAUAAACAUGCUAACUAUAAAACUUACUUCAUCAAGGACAACUGUCAUCACAUUUUUAAUUCUCAUAUUUUAAAAGUUUAUUACAUUUAAUGAAACAAAGUGGGUUUUUUUUUUUGUUUUUUUUUUAUCUGGUGGAGCAACCAUGUUAGGUUAGUCUCUACUGUUGCUGCUGAACCUAACGUGCUUGCUGCAGGAGUUUCACAUAGAGCAAAUUAGGUUGGGCAGUAGUUGGUCUGAUAACAGUAGAGUAUGAACCAACAUCAGAGCAGCCAGAUAAGAAAAAGUAAAAUUUUCUACAAAAAAAAUAAAAUCCAAUAUACAUAAUUUAACAAAAAAAAAUACCAUUAAGUUCAUUAAAUGUAAUUUAACUUUAAAAAAUAGAGAAAUAAAAAUUUGAUGACGAUGCUUCAGAAUGCUCUCCUUUUUUUCUGGUCACUGCCAAUAGGGCACCUGGUGUGGGGUGGUGAGGUGCUCAACCAAUGAAACGUAAAUCUAAACGUAAGCCUUUUCUGGACUUGCUCUAUUUACAUUUGAUAUGAUAUAUCCAUAAACGGAUAUUUAGACAGUUAUUAUUUUGCUAUGUUAAGAUGAUAUACUUUAAUAAGAUUUCACAAACAUAAGUGUGAAGCAGAACAUUCCUGGGAUGUCAUGUACAAAUACACUGAUAGAUUUUUGCAGAUAAGCACAAAUGUUCUCAACUUGUCAUUCCAAACAUAGCAUACACUGAUCAACCACAACAUUAAAACCACUUGCCUAAUAUCAUGUAGGUCCCCCUUUGUGCUGCCAAAACAGCUCUGAUGCAUCAAGGCAUGUACUCCACUAGACAUCUAAAUGUGUCCUGGUAUCAAGACAUUAGCAGCAGAUCCUUUAUGUCCUGCAAGUUGCAAGGUGGGUCCUCCAUGGAUCGGAUUUGUUGUUCCAGCACAUCCCACAGAUGCUCGACCGGAUUGAGAUCUUGGGUAUUUGGAGGCCAAUGCAACACAUUGAACUCUUUGUCAUGUUCAUCAAACCAUUCCUGAACAAUUUUUGCAAUGUAGCAGGUUGCAUUUUCCUGCUGAAAGAGGCCACUGCCAUCCGGAAAUACCAUUGCCAUGAAGGGGAGUACGUGUUCUGCAACAAACUCAAAGUAGGUGGUACAUGUCAAAGUAAAAUCCACAUGGAUGCCAGGACCCAGGGUUUCCAAGCAGAACAUUACCCACAGAAUAACAUGGUCUCUGGCCUGCCUUUUUCCCAAAGUGUAUACUGCUGCCAUCUCUUCCCAAGGUAAAUGAUGCACAUGCACUAGGCCAUCCACCUGAUCUAAAAGAAAAUGUGGAUCAUUAGACCAGGCAACCUUCUUCCAUUGCUCCAUGGUCUACUUCUGAAACUCACGUCAACAUUGAAAGCACUUUUGGCGGUGGACUGGGUCAUCAGAGGAACUUUGACUGGUCUGCAGCUGUGCAGCCUCAUAUGAAACAAACUACGAUGCACUGCGUGUUCUGACAUAUUUUUAUCAUGGCCAGCAUUAAUGUAUCAGCAUCACACACUUCUGUGUGAUCAGACAAGACAGGCCUUACUCUCCAUAAAUUAUCCUUGACCAUCCAUGACUCUGAUGUCGUUUCAUUGGUUGUCCUUCCUUGCAACACUUUUGGUAGGUACUUGUCACUGCAUACAGGGAACACUGCAGAAGACUUGUUGUUUUGGAGAUGCUCUGACCAAGUUGUCGAGCCUUCACUAUUUUAUCCUUAUCAAAGUCACUUAGAUCUUUUCACUUGCCCAUUUUUCUUGCUUCGAACACAUGAAAUUCAAGAGCUGACUGUUAACUUGCUGCCCAAUAUAUCCCACCCUUAAAGGAACACUAUAGUCACCUAAAUAACUUUAGCUUAAUGAAGCAAUUUUAGGGUAUAGAAUAGAUCAUGCCUCUCAUGUUUUACUGCUCAGUUCACUGCUAUUUAGGAGUUAACUCACUUUGUUUCUGCUUAUGCAGCCCUUGCCACACCUCCCCUGGUUCUGAUUGACACAGCCUGCAUGAAAAAAAACUGGUUUCACUUUCAAUCAGAUGUAAUUUCUUUCUCGGUAAAUUAAACUUUAAUCACAUACAGGAGGCUGUUGCAGGGUCUAGAAAGCUAUUAAAGGGACACUAUAGUCACCCAGACCACUUCAGCUCAAUGAAGUGGUCUGGGUGUCAGGUCCCUCUAGGGUUAACCCUGCCUGAUGUAAACAUAGCAGUUUCUUAGAAACUGCUAUGUUUACAUCUGGGGUUAAGCCAGCCUCUAGUGGCUGUCUUCCGGACAGCCACUAGAGGUGCAUCGGCAAUGAUUGAGGCAUAUUAUGCCUCGAUCACGCAGAGCGUCCAUAGGAAAGCAUUGAAAAAUGCCUUCCUACAGACACUUUGAAUGUGCGCGCGGCAGUGCCGCGAAUGUGCAUUCGGCGCCGGUGACAUCAGACAAAGAUGCUGACGGCGGGGGAGGAGAGGUAAGGGAGCCUGACGGGGGAAAAGGGUGAGUAGCUGAUUGGCUCCCGCCUGCCAAUCACUCAAUGUAGUGUGGCCGGGUGGCGCGGACCGCGGGACAGGAACUUCUGUUUCAGUGAGCGCUUCCCUUCAGUCCGCCGGCGGCCGGGUACAGGAAACAGAAGUUCCUGUACUGUGGUCCACGCCGCCAGGCCACGCUACAUAGGUAGGACCACUGAGGGGGUGGGGGGGGGGAAGAAGGACCACUCAAGAAGGGGAGGAGGGGAAAGGACCACUAAGGGUUGGGGAGAAAGGACAACCAAGGAGGUGGGGGAGAAAGGACCACUAAGAAGGUGGGGGGGAGUAGGGGGAAAGGACCUCUAAGGAGGUGGGGAGAGAGGAGGAAAGGACCACUAAGGGGGUGGGGGAAGGGACCACUAAGCGGGGGGAAGAGGGUGAGGACCACUAAGGGAGGGGGGAAAAGGGUAAGGACCACUAAGGGGGGUAGAGGGUAAGGACCACUAAGGGAGGGGAGGAGGGGAAGGACCACUAAGGGGUUUGAGAGAGGGGGGAGAUGGAGGACCACCAAGGGGGGGGGGGGGAGAAGACCACCAAGGAGGGACACUAAGGGACAGUAGGAGAGAUCACUAUAAUUUUUUUAAAUAAAGAGCUGCUCCCAUCUCAGCCCCUAUCCUACCCCACAAACCCUCUCUUUUACACUACACACAUAUACAAUGCAUCCCUGCUCACACACAGACACACAGAAACACACAAUGCAUCCCUUACGCGCACACGCCCAGAAACAUACAAUGCAUUCCUUACACACAAACACAAACUGCAUCCCCUAUACAUACACACUACAUCCCUUACAAAUUGGUAUCCCUAUACACUACAUUACAUCCUCUACAAUAACACAUAACACAUCCCCUACACACGUACAUUCCACUCCCUGUGAGAGAACUCAUGGGUUGGCCAUGUUGGUGGAUUUAUGGGUGGGCCUUGUAGGCAUACUCACGGUCAGGCCCUGGGGUUCCAAACUUUGAGCUGUGUAAGGGGCCCCAAAAAUGGAGCUGCUUCCUGUUCGUUAAUUGUUGUGAACACUGUUACAAACAGUCUCCAGAGAGCCUCUUCUACACCAGACCUGUGGAGCCAGACUGCAGCCUGAACCCAUCAUCAUCCUCUUGUCCUCAUCUGGUAGUAAGUAGGCAAUCCAAUAUAUUAUUAGUGGCACUAAUCUCUAAUUUACCUCACAUUAAAGGGCCACUAUAGUCACCAAAUGCACUACAGCUUAAUGUAGUGGUUCUGGUGUCUAUAGCUUGUGCCCAGGGCUGUCCUUAGGGGUGUGCGAGCUGUGCAGCCGCACAGGGCGCCAUGGACCGGGGGCGCCAUGUGGCCGACACAGCGCGCACAUGGCUGGUGUCAGGGAAGCUAAAACAGGUACCUGGGUGGAGGAUUUAAUUAUUCUCCACCCGGGUCUAUUUAAAAAAAAAAAGAAAAAUCGUGUGUGUGUGUGUGACUGUCUGCCUGUGUGUGUGUGACUGCCUGUGUGUGACUGUCUGUCUGUGUGAUUGCCUGCCUGUGUGUGUGACUGUCUGUCUGACUGCCUAUGUGUGUGUGUGACUGUCUGUCUGACUGCCUGUGUGUGUGUGUGUGACUGCCUGUGUGUGUGACUGUCUGCCUGUGUGUGUGUGUGAGACUUUCUGCCUGUGUGUGUGACUCUCUGCCUGUGUGUGUUACUCCAAUUGUGUGUCUUGCUGUAGCUGUGCCGUUGUGUGUGCCUGUAUGUUUGACUAUCUGCCUUUAACUGAGUGUGUGUGCCUAUAAUCGUGCGUGAGUGUCUGCAUGCCUGUAACGGAGUGUGUAUGACUGUCUCUUUGUAAUGGAGUAUGUGUGACUGUCUGCUUGUGACUGUGUGUGUGACUGUCUGCCUUUAACUGUGUGUUUGGCUAUGUGACAGUCUGCCUGUUACUGAGCAUGUGUGACUGUCUGCCUGUAACUGUGUGUGUGUGUGUGUGUGUGUGUGUGUGUGACUGUCUGCCUGUAACCGAGCGUGUCUGACUGUCUGCUUGUAACUGUUUGUGUGACUGUCUGCUUGUGCCUGUGUGUGUGACUGUAUACGGGUGGGGGGUGGGGUGCCGUGAAGACUUUUUGCACAGGAAACCUAAAGGCCUAAGCCUGUGCCUGCAGGCUUUUUAAUGUAAACACACUGCCUUUUCAGAUAAAAGACACCAUGUGCAGCACUGGCGUUGGCCCAUAUGGCAGAACAUAUGGGUGGGACAUUGUGAUGUCACAUGGUGGGCAGGACAUAUGGGGGGGGGGGCAAAAAUACUUGCACUGGCCCUGUAUACACCCAAACUGCUUCAUUAAGCUAAAGUUGUUUUGACUAUAAAGUGUCCCUUUAACAGGUGUGAUUUAUAAUUUAGCCAAUGUUAUUCACAUCACUUGUCAGUUGUUUGAAUGUUGUGGCUGAUCAGUGUACAUUUUAACAUGGGGUGCAUAGCUAUGGUAAAAUAACAAAUUAGUGUAUAAAUUGCUGUUCACUCUUGCAGAGGAAUAAAGCAGUGUCCUGUUAAAAAAUAGUUUCUGUGCAGAAUGAUAAAAAAAAAAGGCUGAUGCAUAGGGAAAGGAAAGUGACGCUUUAUGGACUAAACAUUGUUUUGCAUUGUUUGGCAAUGCAAAAUAAAAUCUGUGUGCACAUAAUGUAAGGGGAAUGUUAUUAAUGAGGUUAUUCAGUAACUUCAGACUGUAGUGAUUUGAAACCCAAAUUACAACAUUUAGCCAAAACAGAUAAUGCUAGGUGAGAAAAAAACCUCUCCAAAUCAGCUAUGUUUGCCUUAUUUUGCAAUUCAUAUUUUCAUUUACUGCAAUUUGACAUUUAAUAAAUAAACCAGAUUAAUAUUCAUCUAAAUUGUCUUACAGUUUGUCCGGCACAAGUCAAGAUGCAUUUCUUGACAUUACAAUAGUUUCAUCCUGUUCUCUACUAUUAGCCCUUAAUAGUGAUGUCCCGAACGGUUCGCCGAACGGUUUGCCACGGACGGCAAACAUAUGUGCUGUUCGGUCCACCCCCUAUGUCAUCAUUGAGUAAACUUUGACCCCGUACCUCACAGUCAGCAGACACAUUCCAGCCAACCAGCAGCAGACCCUCCCUCCCAGACCCUCCCACCUCCUGGACAGAAUCCAUUUUACAUUCAUUGUGAAGCUGCAUUCUUAGUGAGCUGUCCAGGAGGUGGGAGGGUCUGGGAGGGAGGGUCUGCUGCUGAUUGGCUGGAAUGUGUCUGCUGACUGUGAGGUACAGGGUCAAAGUUUACUCAAUGAUGACGAAUAGGGGGCGGACCGAACAGCGCAUAUGUUCGCCGUCCGUGGCGAUCCAUUCGGCGAACCGUUCGGGACAUCACUAGCCCUUAAGUAAUACAUUUGUCAGGACAGAUCCUUGUAAUUGCUUUUUAUAAUAACAAAGAUUAUUAUACCAUUACCUUCAGUAAUGUAUUUCCAAUGCUUUAACCCCUUAAGGACCAAACUUCAGGAAUAAAAGGGAAUCAUGACAUGUCACACAUGUCGUGUCCUUAAGGGGUUAAAAACGCUAAUACUGUUCUCAUUUCAUAACUGUUUCAUUAAUUAUUGUAUUUAUGAAACUGUUAGAGUAUGUUCGGAAUUCUAUUUCAAAGCAGGCAUAAGCUUAGGUGACAGAGUUAGUUACAUGGGGGCAAAGACAAGCUGAGGUCUCUGUAGGAUAAUAUUUAUUACACUGUGUUCAUUGUCCGAAUUUAGUGAUGUAUAGUUAUGUCCUUAAUAUAUAAUUUGUUACUCCUCCAAUUCUAAGCAGAAGGGAUGAUUUAGCAGCUACGAUCUUCUUGUGGUACCAAUGAUCACUGACACUUAAAAGUCUGUAAACACGUAGAUGAGCAAGAGACACAAGGGAGUACUAAACAUUUUAUUGAUACUGUACAGAACUGGUAACUAUGUAAAACAAAUAACGAUCUCAUAGUCCCAAUACUUUUUCAAGCACAUUUAUACGAUUAACAGAUUGGUAAAAGAACACUAUACCUGGCAUUGAAUAUUUACAUUUUGACUAUCACAGUCUUUCAAUAGAAAAAUUAUUGACAUGUUCGUUAAUGGAACCACUGGACAUUUAAUGUCGUCAUGGUGAAUGGCGACUUCAAUACCUAAGAAAGUUACUGAAUACACUUUCUGAUAAAUAUCCAAUGUCCUGCACAUUAGGCACAAAUAUGCUAGCUAACACAACUUUUAGUAACAUUUAUCUAUUUUUGCAUUACUUACCAUCUUUGGGUUUAAAGCAAUAACAUGGUAGUUGAGAUGAUGAGCAUGGCAACAGGGUUAUCCCUGCAGAAGGAAGAGAAUAAGAACCCUUCAAAUUAUGUGUCCAAUUGAACAGACAGAGCCAAAGUCAAAAACAGUUAAAUUAUAGUAGUAAAUGUUUUACUGCUAAUAAGCCAGCUGUGUGAGAAUCAAAAUAGCUGUUUGUCAAAAACAGCUAUCAAGAGGUACGACUUAGAUACACCCCCAGUUGUGUUUCUUGGCAAAAUUGCCGAUACUGCAACAGAGUUUGCAGUAGUCUGUGUAGCAUAUGGUUGCAACCAAACAUGGUGGUACCGGGACGUAGCGCAUCUGAACAUUGCAAUUAUUUUAUACAUUAGUUAUUUCUAUUACUUGCAUAAUCAACAUCUGGUGCAUUCAUUAGACAAAACGGCAUUACCAUACGUUAGCAGUACAACUAUAGUAGAAUUCUGAAACCGGGGGGGGAAAAAAGAAGAAAGAAACUAAAAAAAAAAAAAAAAUUGGCAAGCUCCAAAAAUGACAAGCAAAUGUGCGUAGGGGAGUUUGUACAUUAAACAAAUUGACCUUGAAGUAUUGAGUCCAGAGACCAUUUACAAUACAUUAGCUUAGUGUUCUACUUUGGAUUUGUGGUUAGGUUAAUGAAAUGCCUUCACAGAAAGUACUCUCAACGCAAGAUACAACAUUUAAUCAUGUCUUCCAUUUCAAAUCAUUAGAAUAAACAGAGGUGGCUUGGCGUUUAAUUUGUUGAAAGUUAAUAUUUUAUUAUUAAAGCAAUAAAUAUAUUAAAUGGCAUACGCCGCAAUACUAAGUUGAAAGCAAUCACUGAUGGCCUUUGGCAACAUGUUUCAAAUCAAUAAGGUCUGAGAUGAAUUUGUAGAUUGAUUACUGACGUCAAGACUUCUAAAACAACCUUUGGAUUAAUGGCAUGGAGUUUUGCAGUUGAAGUGUACAAAGUGACGUGCCAUCCAGAUACCUUUAAAAUACUUUUGACAGGGCAUUUUCAAUAACAUAACAUUGUGUGUAUUGCAGAUGUUACUGUAACUAUAUAUAUAUAUAUAUAUAUAUAUAUUUAUAUAGUGUUCAAGUAGAGAUUACAGCUGUAUCAUUCCAGUGAUGUAGAUGUAAAAAACAGAUAAAAUUCGUCUAUUUAAUACCUUUUUUAUUGGACUAACAGAAUUUUGUAAUGACAACCUUUCGGGAGAACCUCUCUUUCUCAAGUCCGAAGCACUUCUGAGCAAGACGACACAUAUAAUUCAAAGUUGAGUUGUGAUACAGGGGUUAAAGCAACAUGAGUGCAGAUAAGACAGGUUUGUUAGAACAUAGACACCAUUCUUGCAGAGGGUCGUAACAGGGGCGGACUGACCACUCGGGCAGAUCGGUCAUGGACCGAGGGCCCGAGGCAGUCAGGGGCCCGCCUGCCUGAACAGUCAUACUGUCUCUGGCUGGGGAGUUCAGAGAUCUCCCCAGCCAGAGAGACACAAUUUAACAUGAUAUGUGUUCCCCCUCACCUCAUGAGACCUGGCAGCAAUCCAGCUCUUGCCAGGUCUCCUCCAUCCUUUCUGUGCGGAGCUUGUGUGAGGGGAGGAGGCGGGGCCCGGGGGAGGGGAAGUGACAUCACUUCCUGCCCCCUCCUCUCCUCUCCUCUCCUCUCCUCUUGCAGAAUAUACAGAGUGAGCAGCCUGGCACAGUCAGCCAGGGCCGCCAUCAGGGCAUGACAACCGCAACGGUUGUCAUGGGCCCGGCGGGUCCUGGGGGGCCCGGACUGCUCAGGUCGUCCGGGCCCCACAUUCAAUGGGUACAUACCGGGUCGCAGGGGCCCCUGCGACCCCGGUAUGUACCCACAGGGCCAGCCUCUUCUCCUGGGGGGCCCAGCAGCCGGUCACCUCAGGGCCCCCCAGAGGCUGGCCCUGCUGACACCCGGCGGGCGGGCCGCGCGCGAGGGAGCACUCUCUGUGUGCUUCCUCUUCAGCUCCCUUGCGCACCGUACUGAUGCCGGAGCCGGAAGAUAACGUCAUCUUCCGGCUCCGGCAUCAGUACGCGGCGCGCGAGGGAGCUGAAGAGGAAGCACACAGAGAGUGCUCCCUCGCGCGCCGGUGUCAGGGGGGAAGUGAGAGGGGGGAGAGGAAUGAAAUUCGAGGGAGGGGGGUUAGGAAUGAAACGUGGGAGGGGAAGGAAUGAAAUAUGAGGGGGGGGGGUGGAGGAAUGAAAUGGAGGGGGGAGGAAGGAAUUUGAGGGAGGAGGAAAUAUGAGGGAGUGGGGGAAUGAAAUUUGAGGGAGUGGGAGGGGGGGGGAGGAAUGAAAUGGGAGAGGGGGAAGGAAUGAAAUAUGAGGGGGGAAGGAAUUAAAUUUGAGGGGAGGACAGGAAUGAAAUUUGAGGGGGAGGGAGGAGAGGAAUGAAAUUUGAGGGAGGGGGGAGAGGAAGGAAAUUUGAGGGAGGGAGAGAGGAAGGAAAUGAAUGGGAGGGGAGGAAAUGAAAUUUGAGGGAGGGGACAGGAAUGAAAUUUGAGGGGAGGGGGGAGAGGAAGGAAAUUUGAGGGAGGGAGGGGGAGAGGAAGGGAAUUUGAGGGGGGAGAGGAAUGAAAUUUGAGGGAGGGAGAGAGGAAGGAAAUUUGAGGGAGGGAGAGAGGAAGGAAAUUUGAGGAUGGGGAGAGGAAGAAAAUUUGAGGGACUGGGGGAGAGGAAGAAAAUUUGAGGGACUGGGGAGAGGAAGGAAAUUGGAGGGGAGAGGAAGGAAAUUGGAGGGGGGGAGAGGAAAUUGGAGGGGGGAAGAAGGAAAUUGGAGAGGGAGGGGGAGAAGAAGGAAAUUGGAGAGAGGGAGAGGGGGGGAGAAGGAAAUUGACGGGGGGGAGGGGGAGAGAUUGACAUCCAUCACACACAAUGCACCCCUUGCACACAGAAAAACACACAAUGCAUUACACACAGACACACGUACACAAGCAAUGCAUCCCUUACACACAGCAACACACAAUGCACCCCUUACACACACUCAAUGCAUCCCUUACAGACGCACACACUGCAUCCCAUACAUACACAAACUCAUCUUGCAGCCCUUACACAUACAAACACAGAUUCACACAAUGCAUUCCUUACACACAUCAGGACAUCCCCCACACACACACUCCACUCCCUGUGAACAAACUCAUUGGUGGAACAUGAAGGUGGACCCUGGGACCCAGACCUUGAGCUGUGUAAAGGGCCCUCAAAAAAAUGGAGCUGCUUCCCGUUCUCCCAGAACAGUGAUUUUUGUGACCACAGUUACAAACCGCCUCCAGAGAGCCUGUUGUACACCAGACCAGUGGAGCCAGACGGCAGCUAGAGCCCAUCAUCAUCCUCAUCUAGUUGUAAGUAGGCAAUCUAGUAUAUUAUUCGUGGCACAAAUCUCUAAUUUACCUCACAUUAAAGGGACACUAUAGUCCCCAGAACCACUGCAGCUUAAUGCAGUGGUUCUGGUGUCUAGCCUGUCCCUGCAGGCCUUUUAAUGUAAACACGGCGGCACUGCAGCACUGGUGUUAGUUAACAUGGCAGAUCAUAUGGGUGGGGCAUUGUGAUGUCACAUGGGGGGCGGCAAACUUUACUUUUGCCUAGGGCGGCAAAAAUCCUUGCACCGGCCCUGCAGACACUGCAUCCCUGUGGGCAGAUUCGGGGGGGGCAGCACUUUGGGCGGACUCGGGUUCAGGCACCGGGGGGCCCAGACCUUGAGCUGUGUCAGGGGCCCCAACAUUUCUGAUGGCAGCCCUGCAGUCAGCAGGUAUGCAAAUCUCCCCCUCCACUCACUUCAGCACCCACUUCAUCUCCAAUGCCCCCUCCACCUCAGCCCCCAUGCCCCCUCCACCCACUUUAUCUCCCAUGCCCCCUCCACCUCAGUACCCACUUCAGCUCUAUGCCCCUCUCCAACUCAACACCCAUCUCCCUUAGCCCCAUGCCCCCCUCCACCCACCUCAGCACCCACUUCAUCGCCCAUGCCCCCUCCACCUCAGCACCCACUUCAUCGCCCAUGCCCCCUCCACCUUAGCACCCACUUCAGUCCACGCCCCUCUCCAACUCAGCACCUAUCUCCCUUAGCCCCAUGCCCCCUUCCACCCACUUCAGCACCCAUCUCCCGCUUCACUCACCUCAGCCCCGAUCAACCUUAGCACCAACUUCAUCUCCCAUGCUCCCCUACACCUCAGUACCCAUCUCCCUCCACCUUCACUCACCUCUGCCCUCAUCUACCCCAGCACCCACUUCAUCUCCAAUGCCCCCCUCCACCUCAGCACCCAUCUCCCUCCACCUUCACUUACCUCAGCCCCAUCUACCCCAGCACCCACUUCAUCUCCAAAGCCCCCCUCCACCUCAGCACCCACCUCAGCCCCAUGUCCCACUCCACCUCAGCACCCUUCUCCCUUAGCACCCACCUGGGCCCCAUGCCCAUGCCCACCUCAGCACCAAUCUCUCCCAUCACCUACCUCAGCCCAAUGCCCCAUUCACCCACCUCAAUCCCUAUCCAUCCCUACACCCAUCACAGCCCUCACUGGACCCACUACAGCCCCUAUACCUUCCUGCACCCUGUAUACCACCUACCCUUAACCCUGCAAGUGUAAUUAUUUAAGUUUUCAUAAACUGCAAUAUUUACCUUGAAGGUUUAAGUCCUCCUCUAGUAGCUGUCUACUAGACAGCCACUAGAGGACACUUCCAUGUUCAUAGAACAUUCAAUGCUUUCCUAUGGGGAGGUCUAAUACGCGUGCAUGGCAUUGCCGUGCAUGCGCAUUAGGUCUCCUCGGCCACGCAUGCUCAAUAGGUCUCCCCCGCUGGAUGAUGUUGGCGGGCGAGGGACAUCGGCGCUGGAUUCAGGUAAGUCACUGAAUGGUUUUUAGGGGGUGGGAGGGAGAGGGGACAUGCAGUGCCAGGAAAAUGGUUUGUUUUCCUGGCACUGGAGAGUCCCUUUAAUAUCUAUUAUCCAUACAAACACACUACAGCCCUAGUAACCCCCAGACGCCUACUACAGCCCCUAUCCCACACACUUACAACAGCCCUUACCGCACACACUGCAACACAACCAGCUGUCUCAACCCACAUACUACACUGCAAACAGACUCAUUCACACACUCAAAUCCACCAGAAGCCUCACUGUAUGCACACAAUCCCACAAGCAGCAUCCCCACACAUGGAAAACAACAGGCAGCAUUCCUACCAUUGCAAUACUGCAUACAGCCUCCUUACACAAACACUCACUCACACACACACACACACACACACCAUAAUUACAACCAUCUAUAUAGCACAAACAUAUUCUGCAGCUCAGUACAAUAGGUAAAAGGCAAAAAAAUUUACACAACACGUUGACAUACAGGAACACAUCACAAGCAGCAUCCCACACACUGAACCCCACAAGUCGCCUACAAACGUUUGCAGGCUACUUGUAUGAUUGAAAACAAAUGUGGGGGAUGCUGCUUGUGAUGUCACCAGCAAACACAGGUGGAAAAAACUUUGCACAAGAAGGGGGCCCUUGGUCUCCUACUGCCCGAGGGCCCUGUGAGUUGUCAGUCCGCCCCUGGGUCGUAAAUAUCUUAUGUGAAGAUAACAGAGUGAGGGGGGAGAGAAAGAAAAAACAAACAGGGAACAGUGCAGAAGAUGGUGCUAGAAGGGGGGAGUAUUAAUAUAAAGAAUCCAUGAUCCAAGAGUUACAGGAUAUGCAUAAAGGCCUAUAUCCAGCAUACACAGACACACGUACACACUCACACUCAUGUACAUAUACCUAUACACAAGUAGUGCAUAUGUACAAGCAUACACAAGAACAUACACACUAUACAUAAGUACAUACAAUAUACAUAUAAAUACAACCAAAUGCCCAAAUUAAUGUGCAUGCACACCUACUCAUACAUCCACACACAAGCACCAAUACAUGUACCUACACAUAUACCAAUGUGCCUACACAUACAUAGACCCAUAUAUAUGUAUAUGGCAGAUCUUGAACAGAGAUUCGUAGAAAUACAGAACACCAGACCAUACAAAUAUUAUCGCUAUAUCAAUGAUAUCUUCAUAAUUUGGACUGAAAGCAAAGAAAAACUGAUACAGUUCCAUGACUCCUUUAACUCAUUCCGUACAUCAAUCAAACUAAAAAUUGAAUAUUCCACUAGAUCUGUGAAUUUUCUGCACACCACUGUGACAUGUAACAAUGGCACAAUCCACACCUCGGUUUACAGAAAAUCCACAGACAGGUGCAGUUACCUUCACAGCUUCAGCAUCCACCCCUCCCAUACUAAAUAGGGCAUCAUCUACACCAAAGCCUCUAGGUACCAUCGCAUAUGCUCUGAUCCUAAUGACCGUAAUUACCAUCUAAAUGUACUCUCCCAAUCUAUGAGACAGAAAGGCUACAAACCAAAGACUAUUACCAAACAAAUCAUCUCUGCUGUAAAAACUCCACGCACGCGCCUGCUACAGUAUUGUCACAGCUUCUGGUGAUUCUGCCGGCGUGGAUACACAAAAAAUAAGCAACCACAGCGACAGAAACAAAUCUCACUUACUUUGUUCGCGGCAGAUCACUGCCCGACCUCCCUCCGUCCGGUCCCCAGCGGGUGCGACAUUUUCAGGAUCAGCGACAGCUGCAGUUUGGAUUUUUAUAACAAACUUAUCUUCGCCCACACCAAAAAUGGUGCCAAGGUCAGAGGUCGGAGGCAGCCAAUUACAGCCAAAGGAGGGGUAUUUAAACCCAAAUUACCUUUCUGUCAGUGCCCUGUCGUGGUUUUUCUUAGUUGGUGAUCAGAGAGUGUGUUCCUGAGUGUUUAUUUCUGGUUAUUGACUUUGGCUUCAUUUUGACUUCCCUGAAUUCUCAUUCCUCAUCGUUGUGUCUCCUUCUUUGUCCCUGACCUCAGCAAGUAUUCUGACUAUUUUCUGGUACGUUAGGUCCGGCCAUUCUAAGGCCCGGUAAGUCGUUUCCUUUUAGUCCAAGGUGUUAUAUAAUUCUGCGUGCUAGAUCUACUAGUAAUCCUGACAUUAUGACAGGGCAUUUGAUCCUGCAGAAUUAUGUCAGUACAUCGCAGCUUGCGAGAGGAAGCUAGAGGAGAAUGAUCACCGGAUGGAUCGAUUUGUCCAGGCUUUCAGUACGCUUCUUACUCAGACAGCGCAUUUACAGCCUGAGUUUCCUCCGAUACACACACACAUAUGUACAGACACACCAACAGAGAAAAAUGUAUAUAGACACACAUACACAAACACACCGACAUUCAAACACACACAUAUACAGACACGUACACUAACACAGACACAUACAACAUGUUUUAGUCACCCUCCUGUUUCCUACCUUUUAGGAGCAGAAGGGUGACUUCCCUGGGGUCCAGUGACUCAGCCUGAUGGAAGUCAGAUUUCCCACUCCCAUAGUAUGUUUCUGAGUGUGUGUAUGUCAGAUUGAAUGUUUGUGUGUGUUUAUCUGAGUGUCAGUGUGUGAAUCUGAAUGCAUCUGAGUGUGUAUGCAUGUGCCAUUUUGUGUAUCUGAGUGUGCAUGUAUGUGUGUGCAGGCGCGUGUAAGGGGAGAAGCGCGUGGGGGAGGGGGUCAUUGUUAAGCCACCUCCCUGAAAUUAGAUUUUGAAUGUUGGGAAGCUUCUGCCUCUUAACCCCUUUUGCUCCCUGUCCUUUCCAGUUUCUCUCAGCUUCUGCUCCAUUGACCUCUUCAGCCCCUUAUCCUGCCCCACUUUAAAAAUGUAUCUUCAUUACAUGUUAUCCUGACACUUUAUUCUUCAGGACUGUAUACCUACAUCUUGUUGUGUUAGUGUAUUAGUUUGACAGUUAUUUUAUUUCACUUCAUUUUUUUAUUGUUUUGUUACAAGUUUGAAAGAACACUAUAAUCACCCAGACCUCUUUAACUCAAUGAAGUGGUCUACAUAGAGUGUCCCUGUCCUCUUAUCCCUGCAAUGUAAAAGUUUUUUCCUCUAUGAGGAGUAGGCAUGUGCAUGGGGAAAAUCUUCGGUUUGGUUCGGCAUUCCGAAAUCCGGGAAUUUCGCAAUUCAGGACUGUAAAUGAAGGGACUGACAGGUAAGUCUCUACAUUUACCUGUCACAACACACUGGUUGGUUUGAAAUCCACCAAUCAGAGUGCUCUGUGUCAUUUUACACAGCGUGGGAAAGUUCUUUGGAAUUUUCCCACGCUGUGUAAUUUGACUCAUAACUCUCUGAUUGGUCACUUAAUUCAGCCCUGCAGAGCUCAGUCUGCACGGAGCCCUCGCCGGGUGAAGAUUAAUUUUUUUUGCGCUUUUUUUUUUUUAAGUGCGUCGGUUAUUAUUGUUUUUUUAUUUGGCCUUUUUUGGGUCUGAAAAAAGAAGAUUUUAGAAGAAAGAAAACAUCGAAUGGUAAGUUUUAUUUUUUUUUACAGGUACUUAGUUAAAGGUCCCCCUCUCAUUAUUUUUUGGGUGAGGGGGGUAGGUAGGGGGUUCAUUUUUUUUGGGGGGGGUGACUAGGGGUUUGGGGAUCCCUAGUCACCUGGGAGGGGGGGUUAAAUUUUUUUUAGGGCCCCCACCCACCGCUCAGGGGUGGGGGCUGGGGGGGAGGACAAUAGGUCCCCCCUAUUCGUAUUUUGGGCCCCCACACGCCGCUCAGGGGUGGGGUCCAGGGGGGAGGACAUUAGGACCCCCCAUUAUUCCAAUUUAGGGCACCUGCUCAGGGGUGGGGGCCAGGGGGGAGGACAUUAGGUCCUUUCAGGAGCAUGUGCAUGUACACAUCCCGUUCGGCUCCCUUAUUAGUAUUUAGGGCCCCCACCCACCGCUCAGGGGUAGGGGCCAGGGGCAGGACAUUAGGCCCCCCUUAUUCCAACAUAGGGCCCCCACCUGCCGCUCAGGGGUGGGGGCCAGGGGGGAGGACAUUAGGUCCACCCCUUAUUAGUAUUUAGGGCCCCCACCCACCGCUCGGGGGUGGGGCUGGGGGGAGGACAUUAGGUCCCCCCCUUAUUAGUAUUUAGGGCCCCCAACCGCCACUCAGGGGUGGGGGCCAGGGAUGCGGACAUUAUGUCCCCCGCUUAUUAGUAUUUAGGGCGGGUGGGGGCCAGGAGGAGGACAUUAGGUCCCCCCCCUUAUUUUACUGUAGGGCCCCUAGUUAAUUAUUUAAAAUUGUAUACAAUGUAACAUUCUUCUUCUUUCACUGGGUAAGUAUAUUAGUACUUAGGCAAUACUGUGCUUCAGAAUUUCGGCACUUUGACACUUCGGAACUUCGGCACUUCGACACUUCAGAAAUUCGGUAAUUUAGGAACUUCGGGACCUCUGCAAUUCGGCAAUUCGGACAUUCGGAAGUACCUGAAUAUCCGAAUUGCCCGAAAUUCGUCCGAAUUCAUAUUUGGACCGAAAGGAAUUGCACAUGUCUAAUGAGGAGGAUUAGAUUGGACACCAGCAGAUGACGGCAGAAGAGGUGGUUAAAUGUAUACAAAACUCGACCUGGAAAAGAGUAGGAACACCUCAACCUGCAAAAAGGCUCUGACCAUGCGGAUUCUCAAUGUAGCCAAAAGCUUCAUACCACUCUUUUGGGAAAAGGGUUCCAAUGCAUGGAAGCCAUACUUUGAUAUCUACACUUAGAAAAGGGCAGUUUGGGCCAUUUCUUUUCCUCUUCCUUCUCUCUCAUUCUUUUUUUCCCACUCCCCUAGUCUUUACCUCUCUAUACCUACACCCUACCCUCCUUCGCAAUAGAACGAGCUGGAGCACAUGCUCAUUGGAUGUAGACAAUCAUGUCAAGUUGACAUCCGCCCUUAUCUACCUAUUGUUCCUGUGUCACUGUGUAAUUGUCAUUUUUAUUGUAAAUCCCCCCCUUUCAUAAUAUUAUUAUAUAAAAAAUUAACGCGGACACUCAUUCUUCGGGAAACGCAUUUCUGCAACUAAUCUAUUCCCUCUUACAGGGGUAAGCAACUCCAAAAAAGCCAAUAGGUUCCAAAGUAUUCAUGAGAAAAUCCAAUUUGCCUCCGUUUUAUCAAGAUCCUUAUCCUUAUUGCCACCUCUCCAAGAUACAUUAACUUUAUUGCUGCAAAUGUAAGCCCUGUAUGAUCCUGACUAUGGAUUAGGAACUUGAUAAACAUGGAAAUUGAUUUUUUUUUAUGAAUACAUUGGAGCCAUGGGAUGCAGUCACGUGUCCCGCCUAGCUCCAAGAGCGCGCCGCGCGUCUCGGGCACGCUCUUAAAGGAAAAGUGGGAGCUGAAAACUAAAACGGUCUCCCAUUGACCCCUGUCAUCCCACAUUCCCCAUACACUCACAUUUUGGGGGCGUGGAUAUGACAGGGGCCAAUCAAAUUAAAUGUUAGGGUAUUUAUACUUAUCUCUCCCUUAACUCCCUGCUCUAUCCUGGUUUCUGUUUCGGUUCCCUUUAGCGCUUGUUGUGUUCAGUUGUGAUUUUUCGUACUUGACCUUGGCUUUGUAUCUGACUCAGUUUAUCUCUUUAUCCCUGUUUUGUCUUGUUUGCCGGCUUACUGAUUACUGUGUACCAGACCUUGGCUAGUUCUUGUUUUUGCUGUCUCUGUAUUUCUCUGCUCUACGUUUGGUCCGGCCAUUCUAAGGUCCGGUAAGACGUACCUGCUCUAUAUUGUCAAUUGUUGGACUAAAUCUUGCGAGUUGGGGUAAACUACCGUGACAUUACGAUAGGGCCAUGGACCCCACAGAUUUAGCUCAGCAAAUGGCUUCUCAUGAGGCUAGAUUUGUAGAGCAGGAUCACCGUAUGGAUAAGAUAGCCCAGGCCCUCCAGACACUCUUAUCUAGAACUACUCCGGUAACCGUACCAGAUCCUCCUGCACCCCUUGUCCCAGUUGUAUCUACCAUGCCUAAUGCUUCUGCACAUUUAACCCCUCCUCCUAGGUAUGGAGGGGAUGCUAAGACAUGCAGGGGAUUCAUUAAUCAAGUGGAAUUCCACUUUGAGAUGUAUCCACAUUCUUUUGCACCAAUUUACUGAUAAAGCACUUAAGUGGGCAAAUCCUAUUUGGGAGGCUAAUGGACCUAUGGUGCAUGAUUUCAAUAGCUUCCUUACGGCUUUUCAUAGAACCUUUGACACAACUAAAAGGUCGAAGAAUGCCACCAGGGCAUUAAUGAGAAUUAAACAGGGAUCUAGGUCUCUUGCUGAUUAUGCUAUUCAGUUUCGUACCCUUGCUUCACAGGUAGAUUGGACCAACAAUGGGCUAACUACUGCAUUUAUGGAAGGUUUAUCUGACACUAUAUUGGAUGAGGUAGCGGCUAGGGAUCUUCCUAUCCCAUUAGAGGACCUUAUCGACUAUCUCAUUGAUAUAGACAAUAGGAUUCGUGACAGACUCUAUACUAAGAAUAGGAAUAGACGUUUUGUUACAUUAAAUACUCCUAGAGUUGCUAAUCCUGAGAGUUUCAAGGUAUCAGAGGAGGAACCCAUGCAAUUAGGUGUUGUCAAACUCUCGGACGCUGAAAAAUUGUAUAGGAGAAAGGAGGGACUUUGCCUGUACUGUUUGCUCUUUGGAGUAUUUGGAACGCAUCCAGCUGCCGCAGUCGAACGCACGCGGUGAACACCCGGUGUCAGUGCAGCACGAGGCAGUCCACCUUCACCUCUGUCCGGCCGGCAAGAGAGUGCAAUUUUCAUCUAUAUAUUUGGACCCUCAGUAUACUGUGACCCGGUACACCUUAUAUCUCUGUCAUGUGGGACUGUUUGAAUUUUUACUAUUAGUCUUUUAUAUUUUAUGUGUGCUGUUUAGACAAUAAACCAUUUAUAAAUAGUUUGAUGUCUGCUUCACAUAUAUGAGACUAACUUCUGAUCCUUUGGGAUUUUUAUUUAAAGAUAUACUUUUAUUUAAAGAUAUACUGUUACUAGUGGUAUUCUAUACCUAUGAUAUAUAUGUGGUAUUGAUUCUUAAGAUUAUAGGAUCUCUACUAUAUUAACUCUUUUGCAGCUAGUGGAUUCUACCUACCUUACUCUAUAGGAGGUCCAGGUCCGACCAGCUGAUACAUUUAAAACUUCAGAAGGACUAACUAAGGAUCAUUUAAAUUUGCUAUUUCCACUGAGUCCAGUAUUUAUUAUUGAUUUAUUUCAAUAGCACCCUUUAAGAAUCUGUAGUUCGUCUUCUCUGGGUGAGUAGGGGAACAUAUGGAAAAGGUAGCUUGCCGGGGUUUUUGGGACUCUACUUUUUACCGUCUUUAGGAGGAACUGUGCCACUGCAUCCCACAAUUUUGUAAUGAUUGGGCACGACCAGAAUAUAUGGAAUAGUGUGCCCUCAUGCUCUUGGCAUCUCCAGAAUAGGGGGUUGUGCCCGGGAAUAUGUGCGCCAGGCGCGUGGGUACUAAGUACCACCUCAUUAUUAGUUUGCAGUAUGCUUCUCUAUGGGUCACAAUCCGAUUUUUGACUGGGAGUCAGGACAAAUAGUAUCUUGGAGCGAGACCUGCCAAGAGUCUUGUAUCGUUAAAAUCACCCCUUUAAAUUCUAUUAAUGUUCCUACUACUCCUCCUUUGUCUACUGUUAUACCUCCUCAGUACUUGUCUCUCAAGUCUGUCUUCGAUAAAAGGGAGGCUGAAAAAUUACCGCCUCAUAGACCCUACGAUUGUGCUAUCGAUUUAUUGCCUGGCACUAUACCGCCCAAAGGCAGGGUGUAUCCUUUGUCUCCUCAAGAAAACCGUGUCAUGGAGGAAUAUAUUAAAGAAUCUCUACAAAAGGGGUUUAUAAGGAGAUCCUCUUCUCCGGCAGGGGCUGGGUUCUUCUUUGUGUCGAAGAAAGAGGGCGAUUUGAGACCUUGUAUCGAUUAUAGGGGUCUAAAUAAAAUCACCAUAAAAAAUGCUUACCCUAUACCUUUAAUCACGGAAUUAUUUGACAGGCUCAAACAUGCUACUGUAUUUACUAAACUGGACCUUAGAGGUGCAUACAAUCUAAUACGUAUAAAGAAGGACCAUGAAUGGAAAACUGCAUUCAAUACUAGGACUGGUCAUUACGAGUACACUGUGAUGCCAUUUGGUCUUUGUAACGCCCCAGCAGUGUUUCAAGAAUUUAUUAAUGACGUCUUACGAGAGUUCAUUCACACAUUUGUAAUAGGGUACUUGGACGACAUAAUAUAUUCAACGGAUUUGCAUACUCAUCACAUGCAUGUUAAAACAGUUUUGAAAACCCUUCUUGUUAAUGGUCUUUAUUGUAAACUAGAACAAUGUUUAUUUGAUCAAUCCGAAGUCCAGUUUUUGGGGUAUUUAAUUUCUGCUAAGGGUUUUCGUAUGGAUCCCCAGCAGGGCCGGACUGGGGAUUCCAAAGCAGCCCUGGAAAAAAAAUCUAUGCCAGCCCCAUAAGUCAUUGCGCCAUAUAUUGUCGUGUGUAAUAUGUAAGGCUAUGUCUUGCCACCCUAGAUGAUUGAUAUAUAUAUCGCUUUUUCCAAUAUAAAAUAUUGGUCCUUUCAGAGUAACAUUUUUAAUUAUACAGUAAGCAUACUCACAUGCAGACACAGACAAUCUCACUGACACAAGCUGAUUGAUACACAGCCUCAUAGACAAACAAUCUCACUGAUAUACAUAAGGUCAUUGACAUAAAAACACAAGCUCACUCAGUAGCAGGCACACACACACGCGCGCACACACACACACGCAUGCACACACACACAGCUUAAUGUAGUGGUUCUGGGGUCUAUAGCCUGUCCCUGCAGACUUUUCAAUGUAAACACUGACUUUUUAGAGAAAAGGCAGUGUUUACAUUGCUUCCUAGUGACAGACACUCAGACGGUCACUAGAGGUGCUUCCUGUGUCAGUGUGGAUUGGCUGAGAUCAUCAAGCUUGAUGAUCUCAGCCAUAGAGGCAGGGCCAGUCGAGGGGAGACCAGCACGACGUGGGAGGGGAAAAGGUGAGUAAAAACACACAUACCAUGACAGACACACACCAUGACACAGACAGACCAUGACACACACACCGUGACACAGACAGAAACACAGACACACCAUGACAAAGACAGACACACACCAUGACAGAGACACACACAUACCAUGACACACACACACAUACCAUGAAAGAAAAACACCAUAACACAGACAGACUGUGACACAAACACACACUGUGACACAGACACACAUUACAUGACACAGACAGACGCACACACCAUGACACACAGACACCACGACACAAAAUACAAAAAUGGGAUGUCAAACGGAAAAAAAAAGAGAGACCGUGACAGACACACCGUGACACAGACAGACACACACACACCAUGACAAACACACACACACACCAUGACACAGACAGACCAUGACACAGACAGACACACAUUACAUGACAGACAUACACACACAAUGACACAGACACACAUUGCAUGACACAGACACACACCAUGACGGACAGAGACACACACACCAUGACACAGACAGACACACACACCAUGACACAGAGAGACACACCAUGACAGAGACACACACACACAAUGACACAGACAGACACACACAAUGACACAGACAGACACACACACAACGACACAGACACACACACACACAAUGACACAGACACAGACUCACACACCAUGACACAGACACACAUACAGUCACACUGACAGGCACACACACCAUGACAGACAGAGACACACACAAUGACACAGACAGACACACACCAUGACACAGACAUACACACCAUGACAGACAGAGACACAGACACACACAAUGACACAGACACACACAAUGACACAGACAGACACACACAAUGACACAGACACACACACCAUGACAGACAGAGACACACAUACACACAAUGAAACAGACAGACACACACAAUAACACAGACAGACACACACACCAUGACAGACAGAGACACACACACACACAAUGACAGACAGAGACACACACACACACAAUGACACAGACAGACACACACAAUGACACAGACACACACACACACCAUGACACAGACACACAUAAUUUCUACCUUUGUGCUGGCGGCCGCAUGGGGGAGCUGGCUGUUCUGGCGGCCACAGGGGGAGCUGGCCGUUCUGGCGGCCGCAGGGGGAGCUGAGUCUUCUGGCAGCCGCAGGGGGAGCUCUCUCAUGAUUUCUUCAUGUGAGCUUGUUAUUAUUAUGUUAUUAUUUAUAUAGCGCCAACAAAUUCCACAGCGCUUUACAGUGGGUGGACGAACAAACAUGUAAUUGUAACCAGGAGCAGACUGAGAGCCUUUGGGGCUCCCGGGUAAAAUUAGAUCCCAGGCCCUUUGAAGGCCAAAUAUAUGUGCAUUAAAUAAAUGUUAAAUAUAACUCUCCUAUAAUACGGCAUUCCUUUGGAUGUGUAUAUUGUGAAGACCUGUGUAUCAAUGCAUGUUUGUAUUUGAGUCUGUGUGAAUGCACUUGUGCAUGUCUGAUCUGGAUGACUACAUGUGCCUUUUUGUAUAUAGUGUCAGUGUGAAUGCAUAUGUGUAUUGAGCAUUAAUGUGUGUCUGCAUGUGCAGGGGUGUGGAAUGUUAAAAAAAAUCUAUUUGUCCAAGGGGUUGUGACAGGUGACAGAGUGUGUGGGAGGUGGUGACAGGUGGCAGAGUGAGGGGGUGCCUGGUGGCAGAGUGAGAGAGGGGGUGCCCAGACAGAGUGAGGAGGGAGGGAGGAGGGGUGACUGGUGGCAGGAGGGGGUGACUGGUAGCAGAGUGAGGAGGGGGUGAGGGUGGCAGAGUGAGGGGGUGGACUGGUGGCAGAGUGAGGGGAGUGACUGGUGGCAGAGUGAGGGAGGUGACUAGUGACAGAGUGAGCCUAGUGACAGAGUGAGCUGGGUGACAGAGUGAGGAGGGGUGACUGAUGACAGAGUGAGGGAGGAGGUGGAUUGGUGACACAGGGAGGGAGGGGUGACUAGUGGCAGAGUGAGGGAGGAGGGGUGACUGGUUACAGUGGGGUGACUGCUGACAGUGUGAGGGAGGGGGGUGACUGGUGACACAGUGGGGUGACUGGUGACACAGUGAAAUUGGUGACAGAGUGAGGGAGGGUGACUGGUGACACAGUGGGAGGUAACUGGUGAUACAGUGGGGGGUGACUGGUGACAGAGGAGGGGUGACAGAGGGAGAGGGGGGCACUAGUGACAGAGUGAGGGAGGAGGUGACUAGUGAGGUAAGAGAGUGACUAGGAGGGAGGGGGUGAUUAGUGACAGAGGGAGAGAAGAGGUGAUUGGUGACAGAGGGAGAGAGGGGUGACUAGUGACAGAGUGAGUGAGGGGUGACUAGGGGGUGCAAGUGACAGAGUGAGGGAGGUGAGAGUAAGUGGUGAUUAGAGAGGGAGGGGUGACAGACAGAGUGAGGGAGGGGGUGAUUGAGACAGGGAGGGAGGGGGUGACUAGUGAGAGUAAGGGAGGGGGUGAUUAGAGAGGGAGGGGUGACUGGUUACAUAGGGAGGGAGGGGUGACAGAGUGAGGGAGGGGGUGACUAGUGUCAGAGUGAGGGAGGGGGUGACUAGUGACCGAGAGAGGGAGGGGGUGACUAGUGACAGAGAGGGAAGGGGUGACUGAGGGAGAGGGUGACUGGUGACAGAGGGAGGUAGGGGGUGACUAGUGUCAGAGGGAGAGGGUGACUAGGGAGGGGGUGACUAGUGACAGAGUGACUCCCCAUCUCCUCCUUAUAUCCAAACUUUGUCCUGCUCCCUCUGGUCUCUCCCUGGCUGCUGCUCCUUCCCCUCGCUGGCUGUGAGAGGUCUAUGUGAGAGGAGAGUACAGGAAGUUAUGUCACUUCCUGGCCCCACCUCUCCCAUCACACAGAGCACCAUGUGGGAUAGGAAGCAGGAGACCUGACAGAGAGGGAGAAGAGGUAAUGCUGCCAGAUCACAAGUGGGAGGGAGGAGGGGGUUAAUAUGCAGAGUUAGGUUGCUGGGGCCCAGCGCUCCAUCAGGGGCCCCACAACCUAUUAAAGGAAGAGAUAUUUAUUUUUUGCCGUUCCAGUUGGAGAGAUCUCCGAUCUCUCCAGCUGGAGCAUGGCUGUGUGGCCGGGCCCCUGGCUGUCUCAGGCCCUCGGUCCAUGACCCAUGUGCCCGACUGGUCAGUCCGCCCCUGAUUGUAACCAGACAAGUUGGACACACAUAAACUUACAUGCUAGAGGGAGUGGGGUAAGAUUACACAAUAGGCAAGGAUAGUAUUAGACUAAUGACAGUUGCAAGAGAGGAAUCAGUCGGGAGCUAUUAAAUAAUAGCUAUUAGCUAUUAUUUAAUUGAUACGCUUUUAUGAAGAAGUGGGUUUUUAAUGAUUUUUUUGAAGGAGUGGAGACUGGAUGAGCAUCUAACGGAGGAGGGAAGCGAGUUCCACAGGAGUGGUGCAGCCCUUGAGAAGUCUUGAAUACGGACAGAAGAUAGACGUAAGUCUUCAGCAGAGCGUAAGAGCCUAGACGGGACAUACUUGUGUAUUAGGGAGUAUAGAUAGGUGGGAGAAGCAUUAUGUAGAGAUUUGAAAGCAAGAACCAGAAUUUUAAAUUGAACCCUAUAUCUUACAGGAAGUCAAUGUAGGGACUGACAGAAGAGUGAGACGUGGAAGGUGCGGGCGGACAGGAAGAUGAGCCUCGCCGCUGCAUUCAUUAUAGACUGUAAUGGCGCAAGUUGGGAGUACGUAAGACCACUGAGAAGCUGAUUACAGUAGUCUAGGCGAGAAAGGACAGUGGAAUGUACCAGCACCUUAGUGGCAUCUGGUGUUAAGUAGGGUUGGAUGCGCGCAAUUUUUUUGGCAAUAGACUGAACAUGAGGUGUGAAGGAGAGGUCGGAGUCAAAUAGAACACCUAGGAAGUGAGCCUGCAUGGUGGAGCUGAUGGUAGCACCAUUGACUUUGAGGGAGACAGACACAGGAGUAGCAACACUUGAGGUAGAAAAGACCAGAAUUUCAGUUUUGGUUAAGUUGAGUUUAAGGAAGUGGGCAGCCAUCCUGUUAGAAAUUGCAUAGAGGCAGUCAGAGACACUAGACAAGAGGGACGGGGAGAGAUGAGGGGAGGACAGGUAGAUUUGUGUGUCACCUGCAUAGAAAUGAUAUUGGAAGCCAAAGGAGCUAAUGAGUUUACCAAGGGAGGCAGUGUAGAUGGAAAACAGUAGGGGACCAAGGACUGAACCUUGGGGGACAUCAACAGAGAGGAGUUGGGGAGAAGCAGAGCCAGAGAAAGAAACGCUGGGAGAGGUAGGAGGAGCACCAGGAGAGAGCAAUAUCUUGUAGACCGAUAUUGCGGAGGAUGAAUAGAAGCUGUUGAUGAUCAACAGUGUCAAAAGCCGCAGAAAGGUUAAGGAGAAUUGGGAUAGAGUAGUGACCACCAGAUUUUGCAGGGAGUAGAUCAUUGGAUACUUUGGUCAGUGCCACUUCCACAGAGUGCUUAGCACAGAAACCAGACUGAAGCAGGUUUAGCAGUGAGUUGGACUCGACGAAGUCUGUCAAUCUCACAUCCACAACUCUUUUUCAAGGAUCUUGGACGCAAAAGGCAGUAGCGAGAUAGGAUGGUAGUUGGACGGGGACUUCUUUAUAAUUGGGGUUACAGUUGCAUGUUUGCUGUUCGAUGGAAAUAUGCCCAGCUUUGGUGGUAUAAUCCACACCUGGGACGUGCAGGAACCAGGAAAAGAGUCAGCAGCACAAAAUAAUAAAAUAGGACUUAAAAUAUAUUUAACAAAUUACUUUAUUAAGUUAAAAAUGUAUGGUAAAAUCCAUAUGGAAUAGAAAACAAUAGGUGGCAUUAAUCUCACACUGAAAGGACCACUAUAGUGCCAGGAAAACAUACUCAUUUUCCUGGCACUAUAGUGCCCUGAGGGUGCCCCCACCCUCAGGGUCCCCCUCCCGCCCGGCUCUGGAAGGGGGAAAGGGGUAAAAACUUACCUUUUUCCAGCGCUGGGCAGGGAGCUCUCCUCCUCUGAUCCUCCUCCUCUCCUCCCCGUCGGCUGAAUGCGCACGCGCGGCAAGAGCCACGCACGCAUUCAGCCAGUCUCAUAGGAAAGCAUUCACAAUGCUUUCCUAUGGACGCUUGCGUGCUCUCACUGAUUUUCACAGUGAGAAUCACACAAGUGCCUCAAGCGGCUGUCAAUGAGACAACCACUAGAGGAUUUGGGGGAAGGCUUAACCCAUUCAUAAACAUAGCAGUUUCUCUGAAACCUCUAUGUUUAUAAAAUAAUGGGUUAACUCUAGCUGGACCUGGCACCCAGACCACUUCAUUAAGCUGAAGUGGUCUGGGUGCCUAAAGUGGUCCUUUAACGCAUUUCUCCCAGCAGUGCUAGGUUUAUCACCAAUUGUAACAUAUAUUGUUUCUUUACACAAGAUUUUUGUUGAAUGUACUGCUGCCACCCAUUGCAUGCUAUAGUGAGCGCCAAUGCUAUCUUUGCUUUACAUCCACUAUAAUUUAGUGUUUAGUUAAUUAAACCAUUUCCUGUUACCCUGUUCUACAUUCAAAAAAAUGUUUUUCUUAUUCACCAUACUAUAUAUAUAUAUAUAUAUAUAGGAGCACCAUCUCCUAUAUAUAUAGUUUAUACAUAGUUUCUCUUGUAUCUCCUGCUCUGUAAUUUUAACUUUAAUCACACACAGGGCCCCUGCAAGGUCUAGAAGAGCUGGAGAUAAAUUCUAAAUUAAGCAGACUGUGCAAUAAAGGAAGUGUAAACAUUAGAGGACUCUUUACAGGAAGUGUUGUGUAAAAGGCUGUGGAAGUCACAGUAGAGAGGUAUGACUAGGGCUGCAUAAAAGUGAUAUAAGUCCUAAAUGGCAGCGAAUUUAGCACUGAAAUUGCAGGGGCAUGAUCUAUACACCAAAACUACUUUAUCAAGCUAAAUUUGUUUUGGUGACUAUUGUGUCCCUUUAAGCCUUUUUGUUAGAAAUAGAACAUCACAGUUCUGAAACAAAUGAUAGUAGAUUUUUACAUGAAUGGCAGCAAAAUCACUGAUAAUUAAUCUACUUUUUCUUUUGCUGUAGAUAGAUGGUGUACAGAGGUGUUUUUUUCUGGAGGUAAUUAUUUUAUAUAAACACUAUGUCCAACGCAUUUGCACUUUUCUCAUUUUUUUUUUUUAUACAGCACUUCCCCCUGUCACAGUGCCAUCACAUUGUGUAUGUGGUUCUUAAGGGCUCUAUCUGGAAUGCCUUCCCCUCCAAAAAGUCCAAAGGCACUGUAUUCCGCCGACCAGCAGGUGGCGCACUUUGCUCUGACUUGUCUAUCUACAGCCUGGAUUUAUGUCACUUCUCAGUUCCGCUUUGUGUUUGUUUCCGGGUCAGUGGGGAGGCAGAUUAGACCGACCCGUGGAGUGCUGGUGGCAGAGUGAGCCGGGGGCAGUGCUGGAGGGUGCGUGUUUACAGCCCCGGGGGCGAUAUCACACCAACACACAACAACACAGCUUAUUGAAUACAGUGUAAUGGGUUAUCAAUGUGUUAUAAAUGCAGGUUCCUGGGUUAGCGGUGUGUUAUUAAUGCAGGUUAAUGGGUUAGCGGUGUGUUAUUAAUGCAGGUUACUGGGUUAGCAAUGUAUUAUUAAUGCAGGUUACUGGGUUAGCAAUGUAUUAUUAAUGCAGGUUAAUGGGUUAGCGGUGUGUUAUUAAUGCAGGUUAAUGGGUUAGCGGUGUGUUAAUGCAGGUUAAUGGGUUAGCGGUGUGUUAAUGCAGGUUAAUGGGUUAGCGGUGUGUUAUUAAUGCAGGUUAAUGGGUUAGCGGUGUGUCAUUAAUGCAGGUUAAUGGGUUAGCGGUGUGUUAUUAAUGCAGGUUAAUGGGUUAGCGGUGUGUUAUUAUUAAUGCAGGUUAAUGGGUUAGCGGUGUGUUAUUAAUGCAGGUUAAUGGGUUAGCGGUGUGUUAUUAAUGCAGGUUAAUGGGUUAUCAAUGUAUUAUUAAUGCAGGUUACUGGGUUAGCGGUGUGUUAUUAAUGCAGGUUAAUGGGUUAGCGGUGUAUCAUUAAUGCAGGUUAAUGGGUUAGCGGUGUUAUUAAUGCAGGUUAAUGGGUUAGCGGUGUGUUAUUAAUGCAGGUUCCUGGGUUAGCGGUGUGUUAUUAAUGCAGGUUCCUGGGUUAGCGGUGUGUUAUUAAUGCAGGUUACUGAGUUAGCGGUGUAUUAUUAAUGCAGGUUAAUGGGUUAGCGGUGUGUUAUUAAUGCAGGUUAAUGGGUUAGCGGUGUGUUAUUAAUGCAGGUUAAUGGGUUAGCGGCGUGUUAUUAAUGCAGGUUAAUGGGUUAGCGGCGUGUUAUUAAUGCAGGUUAAUGGGUUAGCGGCGUGUUAUUAAUGCAGGUUAAUGGGUUAGCGGUGUGUUAUUAAUGCAGGUUAAUGGGUUAGCGGUGUGUUAUUAAUGCAGGUUAAUGGGUUAGCGGUGUGUUAUUAAUGCAGGUUAAUGGGUUAGCGGUGUGUUAUUAAUGCAGGUUAAUGGGUUAGCGGUGUGUUAUUAAUGCAGGUUAAUGGGUUAGCGGUGUGUUAUUAAUGCAGGUUAAUGGGUUAGCGGUGUGUUAUUAAUGCAGGUUAAUGGGUUAGCGGUGUGUUAUUAAUGCAGGUUAAUGGGUUAGCGGUGUGUUAUUAAGGCAGGUUACUGGGUUAGCGGUGUGUUAUUAAGGCAGGUUACUGGGUUAGCGGUGUGGUAUUAAUGCAGGUUAAUGGGUUAGCGGUGUGUUAUUAAUGCAGGUUAAUGGGUUAGCGGUGUGUUAUUAAUGCAGGUUACUGGGUUAUCGGUGUGUUAUUAAUGCAGGUUAAUGGGUUAGCGGUGUGUUAUUAAUGCAGGUUACUGGGUUAUCAAUGUAUUAUUAAUGCAGGUUAAUGGGUGCGCUAUUAAGGCAGGUUACUGGGUUAGCGGUGUGUUAUUAAGGCAGGUUAAUGGGUUAGCGGUGUGUUAUUAAUGCAGGUUAAUGGGUUAGCGGUGUGUUAUUAAUGCAGGUUACUGGGUUAUCAAUGUGUUAUUAAUGCAGGUUAAUGGGUUAGCGGUGUGUUAUUAAUGCAGGUUACUGGGUUAUCAAUGUAUUAUUAAUGCAGGUUAAUGGGUUAGCAAUGUAUUAUUAAUGCAGGUUAAUGGGUUAGCGGUGUGUUAUUAAUGCAGGUUAAUGGGUUAGCGGUGUGUUAUUAAUGCAGGUUAAUGGGUUAUCAAUGUAUUAUUAAUGCAGGUUAAUGGGUUAUCAAUGUAUUAUUAAUGCAGGUUAAUGGGUUAGCGGUGUGUUAUUAAUGCAGGUUAAUGGGUUAGCGGUGUGUUAUUAAUGCAGGUUAAUGGGUUAGCGGCGUGUUAUUAAGGCAGGUUACUGGGUUAGCGGUGUGUUAUUAAGGCAGGUUACUGGGUUAGCGGCGUGUUAUUAAGGCAGGUUACUGGGUUAGCGGUGUGGUAUUAAUGCAGGUUAAUGGGUUAGCGGUGUGUUAUUAAUGCAGGUUAAUGGGUUGUGAUUGUGUUAUUAAUACGGGUUACUGGGUUGGCAAUGUGUUAUUAAUGCGGGUUAAUGGGUUGUGAUUGUGUUAUUAGUGGGUUAAUGGGUUGUGGUGUAUUAUUAAUGCAGGUUAAUGGGUUAGCGGUGUGUUAUUAAUGCAGGUUAAUGGGUUAGCGGUGUGUUAUUAAUGCAGGUUAAUGGGUUAGCGGUGUUUUAUUAAUGCAGGUUAAUGGGUUAGCGGUGUAUUAUUAAUGCAGGUUAAUGGGUUAGCGGUGUGUCAUUAAUGCAGGUUAAUGGGUUAGCGGUGUGUCAUUAAUGCAGGUUAAUGGGUUAUCAAUGUGUUAUUAAUGCAGGUUAAUGGGUUAGCGGUGUAUUAUUAAUGCAGGUUAAUGGGUUAGCGGUGUGUUAUUAAUGCAGGUUAAUGGGUUAGCGGUGUGUUAUUAAGGCAGGUUAAUGGGUUAGCGGUGUGUUAUUAAUGCAGGUUAAUGGGUUGGUGAUUGUGUGUUAUUGGUACAGGUUACUGGGUUAUCAGUAAUGACAUUAAUGCGGGUUAAUGGGUUAUGGUGUGUUAUUAGUAUUGGGUUACUGGGUUAUCAAUGUAUUAUUAAAUGCAGGUUAAUGGGUUGCUGUGUGUGUGUGCAGGUUAAUGGGUUGUGAUUGUGUUAUUAAUGCAGGUUAAUGGGUUGGCGGUGUGUUAUUAAUGCAGGUUAAUGGGUUAUCAAUGUGGUAUUAGUACGGGUUAAUGGGUUAUCAAUGUGCGGGUUAAUGGGUUAUGAUUGUUAUUAUUUGGGUUAAUGGGUUGGUGUAUUGUUAUUAAUGCAGGUUAAUGGGUUAGCGGUGUGUUAUUAAUGCCUUGGGUUACUGGGUUAGCGGUGUGUUAUUAAUGCAGGUUACUGGGUUAGCGGUGUGUUAUUAAUGCAGUUUACUGGGUUAGCGGUGUGUUAUUAAUGCAGGUUAAUGGGUUAGCGGUGUGUAUUAUUAAUGCAGGUUAAUGGGUUAGCGGUGUAUUAUUAAUGCAGGUUAAUGGGUUAGCGGUGUGUUGUUAAUGGGUUAGCGGUGUGUUGUUAAUGGGUUAGCGGUGUGUUGUUAAUGCAGGUUAAUGGGUUAGCGGUGUGUUAUUAAUGCAGGUUAAUGGGUUAGCGGUGUGUUAUUAAUGCAGGUUAAUGGGUUAUCAAUGUAUUAUUAAUGCAGGUUAAUGGGUUAUCAAUGUAUUAUUAAUGCAGGUUAAUGGGUUAGCGGUGUGUUAUUAAUGCAGGUUAAUGGGUUAGCGGUGUGUUAUUAAUGCAGGUUAAUGGGUUAGCGGUGUGUUAUUAAUGCAGGUUACUGGGUUAGCGGUGUGUUAUUAAGGCAGGUUACUGGGUUAGCGGUGUGUUAUUAAUGCAGGUUAAUGGGUUAGCGGUGUGUUAUUAAUGCAGGUUAAUGGGUUAGCGGUGUGUUAUUAAUGCAGGUUAAUGGGUUAGCGGUGUGUUAUUAAUGCAGGUUACUGGGUUAUCAAUGUGUUAUUAAUGCAGGUUAAUGGGUUAGCGGUGUAUUAUUACCGUAAUGCAGGUUAAUGGGUUAGCGGUGUGUUAUUAAUGCAGGUUAAUGGGUUAGCGGUGUGUUAUUAAGGCAGGUUAAUGGGUUAGCGGUGUGUUAUUAAUGCAGGUUAAUGGGUUAGCGGUGUGUUAUUAAUGCAGGUUACUGGGUUAUCAAUGUGUUAUUAAUGCAGGUUAAUGGGUUAGCGGUGUGUUAUUAAUGCAGGUUACUGGGUUAUCAAUGUAUUAUUAAUGCAGGUUAAUGGGUUAGCAAUGUAUUAUUAAUGCAGGUUAAUGGGUUAGCGGUGUGUUAUUAAUGCAGGUUAAUGGGUUAGCGGUGUGUUAUUAAUGCAGGUUAAUGGGUUAUCAAUGUAUUAUUAAUGCAGGUUAAUGGGUUAUCAAUGUAUUAUUAAUGCAGGUUAAUGGGUUAGCGGUGUGUUAUUAAUGCAGGUUACUGGGUUAGCGGUGUGUUAUUAAUGCAGGUUAAUGGGUUAGCGGUGUGUUAUUAAUGCAGGUUAAGGGGUUAGCGGUGUGUAUUAUUAAUGCAGGUUAAGGGGUUAGCGGUGUGUAUUAUUAAUGCAGGUUACUGGGUUAGCGGUGUGUUAUUAAUGCAGGUUACUGGGUUAGCGGUGUGUUAUUAAUGCAGGUUACUGGGUUAUUAAUGCAGGUUAAUGGGUUAGCGGUGUGUUAUUAAUGCAGGUUAAUGGGUUAAUGGGUUAUCAAUGUAUUAUUAAUGCAGGUUAAUGGGUUAGCGGUGUGUUAUUAAUGCAGGUUAAUGGGUUAGCGGUGUGUUAUUAAUGCAGGUUAAUGGGUUAGCGGUGUGUUAUUAAUGCAGGUUACUGGGUUAGCGGUGUGUUAUUAAGGCAGGUUACUGGGUUAGCGGUGUGUUAUUAAUGCAGGUUAAUGGGUUAGCGGUGUGUUAUUAAUGCAGGUUAAUGGGUUAGCGGUGUGUUAUUAAUGCAGGUUACUGGGUUAUCAAUGUGUUAUUAAUGCAGGUUAAUGGGUUAGCGGUGUAUUAUUAAUGCAGGUUAAUGGUGUUAUUAAUGCGGUGUGUUAUUAAUGCAGGUUAAUGGGUUAGCGGUGUGUUAUUAAUGCAGGUUAAUGGGUUAGCGGUGUGUUAUUAAUGCAGGUUAAUGGGUUAUCAAUGUAUUAUUAAUGCAGGUUACUGGGUUAGCGGUGUGUUAUUAAUGCAGGUUAAUGGGUUAGCGGUGUAUUAUUAAUGCAGGUUAAUGGGUUAGCGGUGUGUUAUUAAUGCAGGUUAAUGGGUUAGCGGUGUGUUAUUAAUGCAGGUUAAUGGGUUAGCGGUGUGUUAUUAAUGCAGGUUAAUGGGUUAGCGGUGUGUUAUUAAUGCAGGUUAAUGGGUUAGCGGUGUGUUAUUAAUGCAGGUUAAUGGGUUAGCGGUGUGUUAUUAAUGCAGGUUAAUGGGUUAGCGGUGUAUCAUUAAUGCAGGUUAAUGGGUUAGCGGUGUUAUUAAUGCAGGUUAAUGGGUUAGCGGUGUGUUAUUAAUGCAGGUUCCUGGGUUAGCGGUGUGUUAUUAAUGCAGGUUCCUGGGUUAGCGGUGUGUUAUUAAUGCAGGUUACUGAGUUAGCGGUGUAUUAUUAAUGCAGGUUAAUGGGUUAGCGGUGUGUUAUUAAUGCAGGUUAAUGGGUUAGCGGUGUGUUAUUAAUGCAGGUUAAUGGGUUAGCGGUGUGUUAUUAAUGCAGGUUAAUGGGUUAGCGGUGUGUUAUUAAUGCAGGUUAAUGGGUUAGCGGUGUGUUAUUAAUGCAGGUUACUGGGUUAGCGGUGUGUUAUUAAGGCAGGUUACUGGGUUAGCGGUGUGUUAUUAAUGCAGGUUAAUGGGUUAGCGGUGUGUUAUUAAUGCAGGUUAAUGGGUUAGCGGUGUGUUAUUAAUGCAGGUUAAUGGGUUAGCGGUGUUUUAUUAAUGCAGGUUAAUGGGUUAGCGGUGUAUUAUUAAUGCAGGUUAAUGGGUUAGCGGUGUGUCAUUAAUGCAGGUUAAUGGGUUAGCGGUGUGUCAUUAAUGCAGGUUAAUGGGUUAUCAAUGUGUUAUUAAUGCAGGUUAAUGGGUUAGCGGUGUAUUAUUAAUGCAGGUUAAUGGGUUAGCGGUGUGUUAUUAAUGCAGGUUAAUGGGUUAGCGGUGUGUUAUUAAGGCAGGUUAAUGGGUUAGCGGUGUGUUAUUAAUGCAGGUUAAUGGGUUAGCGGUGUGUUAUUAAUGCAGGUUACUGGGUUAUCAAUGUGUUAUUAAUGCAGGUUAAUGGGUUAGCGGUGUGUUAUUAAUGCAGGUUACUGGGUUAUCAAUGUAUUAUUAAUGCAGGUUAAUGGGUUAGCAAUGUAUUAUUAAUGCAGGUUAAUGGGUUAGCGGUGUGUUAUUAAUGCAGGUUAAUGGGUUAGCGGUGUGUUAUUAAUGCAGGUUAAUGGGUUAUCAAUGUAUUAUUAAUGCAGGUUAAUGGGUUAUCAAUGUAUUAUUAAUGCAGGUUAAUGGGUUAGCGGUGUGUUAUUAAUGCAGGUUAAUGGGUUAGCGGUGUGUUAUUAAUGCAGGUUAAUGGGUUAGCGGUGUGUUGUUAAUGCAGGUUAAUGGGUUAGCGGUGUGUUAUUAAUGCAGGUUAAUGGGUUAGCGGUGUGUUAUUAAUGCAGGUUAUGGGUUAUCAGUGUGUUAUUAAUGCAGGUUAAUGGGUUAGCGGUGUGUUAUUAAUGCAGGUUAAUGGGUUAGCGGUGUAUUAUUAAUGCAGGUUAAUGGGUUAGCGGUGUGUUGUUAAUGGGUUAGCGGUGUGUUGUUAAUGCAGGUUAAUGGGUUGUUAUUAAUGC